UUCCCCGUAUGCAGCCUGUGGUCGGGACCGUAUAGCCUAGCUUAGCUCGCUAAUAUUGCUGCAUCGUAUCAAGUGGAAGAAGGCGCAGUAGUCGAUUACUCCGGUUAAUAUUCGCUAAAUUCACAAAUAAUAUCUGGAUAAUCUCAGUUUUAGUCUGUUUAUCCGACUACCGACGCGAGGAUCGUCGAGCAUUCGUGGAUUACUGGUUGUAAGACGCUGCUACCGCGUUAGCUACUGGCUAACAGUAUUUCUGAGGAGAAAUUUGGUGUUUUUCUUCAGGUAGGUAAGUGCCCUGAAGAUGGUGAGACCUCACUCAGGCUCUCCACGCUCCAAACCGAGGCCCUUCUCUGAUGGCUACCGCAACGACCACCAUGGCGAUCGGUUCGGCCCCGUUUCUCGGAGUCAGAGGGGAUUUCGAGGCCCCUCAGGUAAGGCCCCUCCCAGCUGGAGAGAGAACAGUGGAGGACCUCACCCCUACAACAAGAGACCACCUCUAAUGGGAAUGCCCAGGGAGAGGCCACAUGGACAUUGGACGUCACAGAACCAGAAUAGCUUCAGAUCGUUCCCACAGGAUUCACAGCGAGGCCGAAGGAGGCCUUCCCCACCCCGUUCAAACCGCCCCCCACCUGUCCAACACAGAAUGUCGCCUCACGUUCCCUCACAUGGACCCCCAGGCCAUCACAGGCCUCCUCUCUUCCAUGGGAACCAAUCUGGUCAUGUUUCUCCUUCCCCCCGUCAUUUUCAAGGCCCUCCAGACCGGCGGGGCCCAUCUCCCCAUGGUAACUAUAGACCCCCUCCACGACACAGAAGUCCUGCCCAUGAGCAGGAGAGGAGCUGGGGCCCCGAGAGGCAGCCGAGCCUCAGGGAGAGGCCCUACAGCCGGCCAGCUCGCGGAGGGCAUCGCUGGAAUGGCCCAGGGGGGUUCCAUCACCCUAAUGGGGAAGCUAGGUUUUCUGGUUCUCCCCAGAGGAAGCCCAGGGAGUUUCAUGAGAGGAGCUCAUAUCCAGAGAGGUGGUCUGCAGAGAGAGAUCCGCGGAAGCAGCAUGGAGAAUUUGGAAGGGAGCGACGCAGUGAAAGGCCUGGGCACCAUGCCCUAGAAUGGGCACACCGGGAUGGGGGCAACCCACACCCUCACCUCCCUUCCAGAUUGCCCUCAUGGAAAGCAGGCCCACAGUCUUCCUCUGAUUCGUCUUCCAGGUUCCCUCCUCCACGGCCUCAGGAGAGGCCCACAUUGCGUCCGUUGAAGAGGCUUGCAAGGCCUCCUUCGUCCACAGGCUUGGAGCACGGACCACCCAAGCGAUUCCGCAGGGAGCUUUCAGUUCGACCGCCGCCCCCGAAGGGUUUUGGAGGCCGUGGCCUGUCCCUCAAGGACAAAGCCCGGCUCUUGAAGGGGCGCAAGUUCAGGGCUGAAUCUGUGGCACGCUUCAAAAUGCCCCCACCGACAACCAGGCUUUCGGACAGGGAACAGAAAACGUCAAAAGAUGAAGACUCUGGAGCUCCACCUCGCUCCAAAGUCCUGCUGAAGAAAAGUGUGAAGAGACCAAGAAAGUCACCCACCAACUCAGACUCCAAAUCAGCUGAUCCUGAAAGGGACUCGGAGUCACAGGUGGAAUCCCGCCGCUCUGUGAGAGCACACAGCUCUUCACCUCUAGACAGACAGCUCACUCGUGACCUUGUUGUGGUUUCCCAUUGGGAGGCUGGAACUAGACCAAGUUCUAGUCCUAAGGGCAGCUCUCCCUGGAAGAACAGGCCAGCCAAGAAUAAGUCAGACACACCAAGCUCUCGUGGGAGUCUGACACUGAGUGAGCGCUUUGGCAAACUGCAUAGCCCUGGAUGUUCUCCACGUGACCAGAAAGAACGGCGGCCAGUAGAUCCUGGGAAGCCUUUCAGGAAGCCAGGUCCUUUUCAGAAACCUGGCUUUCGCCCAAACCUUGGUUUUAAGAAGGGGCCUUGUCCUGAUGGAGUUUUCAGGAGACCUUUAAUGGCCACUAUUGUUCCACGUCCGCCCCUCCAUCAGAAGCCUGUAUUUAGGAAGAGCCAGAGCAUCAUGUCCAAAUACAGAAACCUGCAGACACUCCGACACAAAGCACCACCCCAUCAACGCCAGGCCACCAGCUACCGCCGCUGGUGAAGCUCCAGAAAGAUCCCUGGCUAUUUUCUGUGAAGGUGCUCUGUCCCGAUGGAUGAAGGACCUGCAGAUGACAUGGACACGUGUUUGUUGCCCUCUGGGCUGGGAAGCCCUCGCCUUUCCUGCUGUUUCUGUCCUUAAGGCAGUCCAGUGUGUGUGUGGUUCCUGGCUGCCUGGCUGUGUAUAAAGCAUUAAGGUUGCCAAAGUUUACUUUCUUUUUUUUAUCAUGUUUUUUGUUUGUUAAUGGACUCAUAUGAUCAGGGCCUGAAACAUCAGCAUACAUCAGGCUGUGGUGUUGUCAAGAAAUUUGUUGUGCAGACACUUUGGUUUGUUUUCUAAACUUGUCAGUUUGUAAGAUAACAUAUCAGCCUUGCUGAGGUGUUCCAGCUCUGUAAGAUAGCAGCCUUGUCAGGUGAGUUGAAGGGGGGUUGGGGGGCUCUGUUGCAGUAUGGUUGAAGUUAAUGUUUGAAACGGCAGAUAAGUGUUUAGUGAGCUCCCCGAGUUAGUUAUGCAUAAAUAUAUAUAACUCUAAAGCUCUUUGUACAGACCUUCACAUAAUUAUGUACAUUGUUUAUAGAGGUUUCCAUUAAAGAACUGGAACUUUUGUGUAA